GUAUCUAGAGGUUCCACAUCACGUCGGCCUAGGCAAGAGGAAAAUAAUGCCGACAGUUCACGUGCGGAAUCGGAACCGGAAGAGACUGACCGAGAGCGGGAGCUACGCUAUAUUCGAUGGAAAAGACGCGUAGAGGGUAUGUUCGAGGCGAUACGGGAAGCUAAGCGCCAUAGCGAGCUGCGGGCGAAGCUCGCUGAGUGUCGAGAGCCCAUGCAGGAGCUGUCUCA